AUGUACUGUAGCUCUUCGAAUUCAGAACGUCCUCGGCUCAAAUCCCUUCAGCCUGCAGCUCCAUCUCUUCGAUGUGAUGUUCAAAUACCUUCACAGAGCAUCACAACGGCAACAACCUCACCGGGACCCAUACUUGAGUUGACGAUGCAACGAACGAAACAGCCUUACGGUUUUGGACCCGCUGCGGCAUCGCAAGAACUCCCCUUCCCAGCACAUGCGAAUUUGACCGCCGCAGAAAUCUUGACUUUCUUGCCGCAUAGCAUAGGGAAUGCCGACAUUUUAUACCGCCUCGUAUCCAAUGGCGGAACGCGACGCGUGUUCUCAGCCAUCAUCAAUACGCAGCGCCUCCUGCUCUUACAAUGGAGCCUCAAUAACUGCGGCACCACAAUGUAUAAGGCGAUGAAUGAUGCCGGAUACGUGGGCUGGACAGUUGGGAACCAUGAUUUUUGGCAUAAUUCGAAGAAGGCGACUUGGCGUGAAGAGAAUCUCAACGUGGCAGGCUGUCGACAGCCGGGCGAGAUCAACGGAAGUCGAACGCUAGCGCCAGAUGUACCAUUUCGAAACCUCGCGAUGGACGUGAGGCAGAUGCCACAGGGCCACGAUGCUCUUGACCUCACGCGCAUGGUACAGCACUGCGUUCAAAAGUCAGAAAAGGCCUGGAUGUAUCCACGCGACUAUAGUGCUCUCCUCGACCAUCUCGGUGGGCCAACGGCAGUGACACCACAGCAUUAUGACCGGGAAGUCUUCAAGCGCUGGGCUGACGUUGAACUUCCAGCAGCCAACCCAACACUUGCUUUGCAAGGGGGACAAACGAGAAAGAUAAUGCGAUCCGCGGUCGUGAGAGACGAAUCGCCAUUCUUAGAGGCACAUAAAGAGAAAUUACCACGAGCACCUGCUAGUCCAUCCAGACAGGCUAUCCAAACCUCGAAACGACGAUUAAGCAACAGUGCAAAACUAAGAGGAAAAUCAAAGAAGCGCUUUGAGAAAGGACGAGACGUGGACGGAGACACAGACAUGGACAAAGGAACAAUGAAAAACAAGGCAUAUCUUAGACCAACUGCAAGGCAUAUUCUGCCACCCAAAAAAGAGAUUGAGCCGCUACCUUGUGCCAUUGAGCUCGCCUUUCGGGCCGAGGGAAUGGUGGACGAGCCCGACGCGUUCAGUCCUUACGCGUUCGGCGGUCCUCGAAGCGCGCCACCUUACCGGUCGCUACAUCAGAUGAAUCAGCCAGAUGGGAGGGAUAUCAGCGGAUGGGCAGAAAAUCUUCGAUGGGCUUCAGAACAACGGAGUUCCUUCUGGCAAAGCGCCCAGGUUGGGGCAUGGAACGAGAGCCCAAAGCAUAUGGAGCUCAUCGCAAAGAUACGGCAAGAGAAUACAUGGGCGUCUGAAGAGCUCUUGGAGCAUCUCGCGGAGAAUCAUGAUAAGACACGAUAG